UGGCAACAUCGGCCACGAUAAAUCUUGCAAAUUGUAAGGAGGAAUCUUUUUUCAAUAGCGGGCAACUCAGUUAAUCGUUGUGUUUGUUUGACGCUGGACUUUUGUUGCUCUGCAAAACAAUAAUAAAUUUGAUUCAGAUUAUAUUUAUAACAAGUGCAAAAUGGCUAUCGGAGCUGGGAUGUCUUGUGUAAAAUACCUACUAUUUUCUUUCAACCUGUUAUUUGCGAUAACGGGUAUGAUAAUCCUAAUUGUUGGUGCCAAGGCAGAGAUCAACGCUUAUCCAUAUGUCAACCUGACAGAUGAGAGUUUCUAUACAUCAGCUCCGGUUAUGCUCAUCAUUGUAGGGCUCAUUGUCUUUGUUGUUGCCUUCUUUGGUUGCUGCGGAGCUGUCAAGGAGAACCAUUGUAUGAUUGUCACGUUCUCCAUCUUCCUCUUAAUGAUCUUUAUUGUUGAGUUGGCCGUUGGCACCGCUGCAUACCUAAAGCAUCAGGACUUGGAGACGUCGAUCGUGAAGUCGCUGAAUGAGUCUCUGAAGCAGUACCCAACCAACCCAGAUAUAAAAAAGAACUUUGACAUCAUACAGACUGACCUAAACUGCUGCGGAAUCAACAGUCCUGACGAUUGGGCGCUUAACGGUCUGCCAAUUCCGGCGACUUGUUGCGCUGCGCAGGAGUUGCUCGACGACAAACCAGUCGCCUGUACCAAAGACAGUCCCAAUUUCCAUACCCAGGGUUGCCUCAACAACAUUCUGGUGCACUUGAAGGAUAUCGCUUUGGUACUUGGUGGUGUUGGCCUGGGUAUCGCUUUCGUACAGCUCCUUGGAGUAAUAUUCGCGUGCAGCCUCGCUCGUUCCAUCCGCAGCCAAUACGAGACCGUUUAAAUCCAUACAAAAUAUGUUCUAGAUGUUGCCCAUACUGGUAGCGUAGCGUAAGCAUAACAUUUUGUGAUAAGUAAUUCAUUCCAUAGAUGUUUAUUUUUCAUAAUUUAUUUUUAAUUUGAAAAUCUUUUUUUUUUUAAAAAGAUCUGUAGUUGUCAAAUAUUAUUUUUAUUUUUGGUGUUAAAUGCACAACGCUGAAUUAAUUGUGCUCAGUCAAGACUGAUUUUUCGAAUAGAUAACGAUUGCCAAAUUUUGUGUCUUGUCUAUGGAUUUAUGCCGAUUUAAAUGACUAUAAAAAAAACUGUAGAUCAGUUUUCUAUUAUCUAUGUACGCAUCUGAAAUUUUCAAGUAUGUCAUGACAUGAUUUAUUUGGCUGUUUAAUUUUCCAUCAACUCAUUGUGCAAAAUGGCGGCGGUACUUUAGCCGCGUAAAAAAAACAAUCUCUUUACACCUUAGUAAACCUCAUUAUAAAAAACGGCAUAAAUCUCGACUUUAAUGUGUAUAAUCUCAUAAUUAUAUAUUAUUUUUAAAACUCUUCUAAAUGUAGCUAUUUUUAAAAAGACAUUAUCAUAACUAGACAAAAUGGCAGAUCUUUUCUUAGAUUGGUGGACUUAUUUUAGAGUUUUAUGAUGAUACAAGUGUAUUUGAAUGUUUAAUACCGAGAUUAGUGUCGCGUAAAAUGUAUUGGUGUUUAAUAUUUCCUAUAUUUAAUAAACUUCAUAUUAUAAAUUGUGA